UUAAGAGAAAAAAAAGGUCCAUCACUAGUGUAGAACAACACAAAAAAGAAACUUUCAAUGGUUUUUGGUGAAACAAAGAGGAAGCAAGAUGGGGACAACUCCCUAUCAUUUAUUCAAAUCAUUUUUUCCUAUCUUCAGGGCCAAUAAGGAUAUAGAAAAGGACAAAAUAAUCUUCCAUGAAAAAUACGAUUUCUUCAAUUUUGAGAUAUCACGUAGAGUCUGAAGUUCUUGAAUUCUAGCUUUAGCUGUAGGACAUAGUUGGCGGCAAGUCAUGAUAACAGCCACCCCGAGUUAUUGGCUGACCUGGAGGUUCUUAAUCUUGGGAUCAGGGUUCCUGGUAGUUGUAGGAAUUUCAGCACUCAUAAUAUGGAAGUAUGAAGGUUCGCCCAACUCGGGGAAAAACCAGGAAAGAGAUAAUAAUAAGGAGAAAAAAAAGGUAGGGUUCUUGUACAAAGACGAAGCUUGGACAACAUGUCACAAAGCAAUCCAUCCUGCUGUGCUGCUCGCUUACAGGAUAAUUGCUUUCAUUUUUCUUCUGUCAAUGCUCUCCAUGGAUGCUGUUACAAAUAGUACAGAUAUAUUCUUUUUCUAUACUCAGUGGACAUUCUCUUUGGUCACUAUCUAUUUUGCGUUAGGGUCUUCACUCUCCAUCUAUGGGUGUAUCCAAUAUCGAAAGGGUGUUGCCGAUGCAAAAGUUUGUUGUAUUGAUGAAGAGAGAAACGAUUCUCCAACUCUUGAGAAAAAUGCAAGUUUACCCGGCGUAUCCAAGGACUUGAGUUCCAAUGAGGAAACUGAUGUUAGAGAAGCUGCUGGUUAUUUGGGGUAUGCCUUUCAAAUAAUUUUUCAGGUCUGUGCGGGUGCCGUGGUGCUUACAGAUUGUAUUUAUUGGCUUCUCAUCUACCCCUUAUUCACGCCCAGUGUUUAUAAGUUACGAUUUCUGGUUGUUGGUAUGCAUUCUAUCAAUGCUGCUACCCUGCUUGGCGACGUGAUUCUGAAUUCUCUACGGUUCCCUUUCUUCAGAUUUGCAUAUUUUGUGCUUUAUACAUGCACAUUUGUCGCAUUCCAGUGGCUCGUCCAUAUGUGUGUCUCAAAGUGGUGGCCUUAUCCCUUCCUGGAUCUUUCAUUCAAAUAUGCUCCCUAUUUCUACUUGAUGGUUGGUGUGAUUCAUCUCCCUUGCUAUGGUCUCUUUGCCUUGGUGAUAGCAAUGAAAUAUUGGUUAGCAAGAUUGUUCAAGUGGAUGAUUAGAAAGCUAUCUGGAUAAAGUGAAUGAGUUCAAACACCAUCAACAAGUCAAACAUUAUUAUACACCAGUAUUUCUUAAACCAAUUUUUUUUAAACUCUUAGUGCGACUCAAAUAAAUGAGUAGCACAAGCUAUUAUAUAUAAUUCUUAAUACAUCCUGGUUUCGAGAUCAUCUUGUAUAUAUUAUCUGUUCUUUUAUAUCCUCGAAACCAAAACGAAACUAGAAAGAACAUGGGAAUUGCUCCUCUCUUCCUUUACUUGCAAAACCAGUUACCCGAGUCCGAUUUGGAAUGGUGAUGUUGUUGCUGCCUUUCCCUCUUUGUACAAUUACCUGUUAAAGUGAAAUCCGCUUCAGCAUCAUCAACAAGACUCAGAAGAAAUGGAAAAAGAUUUUAUUCCCACAUUCUUGAAUCUCUUGAGUUAAUUCUAUCAAUAUUGUUUACCAUUCAACAGCUCUUUAUUUUUUGCUCUUCUUUUGCUAACUCAAGUUUAUUCCAAAGGGGAAAUAUGUCUGGAAAUGUUGAGAUCUUCAAGUGUUGGAAGCCACUUUUGUCCUUUGUUCCCUUUGGGAUUUACAUCAAUUUAAUCCUCUCUUAUAUUAUUCUUG